UAUGUAGGCCAUUUUGUGACGCGUUGUGCCUCAAGGUGGUUGUUCCAUCAGGGGCUAAUGUUUAUAAGCUUUUGAUAUUACGAUUUUAUUUUCCAGGGUCAGUGUCAACGUUUUAUAAACAAUUAUGUUCAUUAGAUUUUUUAUUACUCCGUGAUAAAUACAAAUAGGUUGGGAUGAAGUGAAAGUUCGGCUUGUGCCAGUUGUGUCAUUGUGAGAAAGUUUGAAUUUAGAUUAGUAUACAUUUGGAUUUACUUAUUAAGUAUUAUACAUAGACCAGUAACAAACAUGGAAGAAAUUAUUGAAAUCGUUAAAGUCGAGAACACUAUAUUUCUUAAUGGCCAAGCUUCAGAGGUCAUAAUUAGCAAUCCUGAAACUGAUACUGUUAUAUUAGCAAACGAGGAUGUUCAAGAAGAUUUGAAUGAAGUUCUCUCACAAAAUACCCACAUAAUACAAAUUGUGACGGAUUAUGAAUGUGUAACUUGUCAUCGUAUAUUUCAAUCUGAAGAUAUGCUGAAGGAACAUUUAGAAGUGUGUAGAGAAGAAGAUGACAGUACUGAAAUAUUGGAAUUGCGAAGUAUUGAUACUUAUGACUCAGAAGACGAAGCAAAUGCGGAUGACCCAGAUGAAUAUCUGUUUGAAGAUUCAAGCACUACUGAUUCUCAAAAUUCAAAGAACAACAAUGAGAAAGGAGUAAUAAAACCAGUCCCAGACAGCCAGUGUCACUGUUGUGCCGAAGACCUUACGACUGCACACAGUGGCGGUGAAUUUAAAUGUCAGCAUUGCAACUUGUCGUUUAAAAAGAUGAGUUCCUUAGAAAGACACACGAUUGUCGUUCACUGGGAAAAUGAUGCUAUCAGUUGUACAGAAUGUUCAGAGGCUUUUCCUGACAAAAAAGCCUUGGAUAAGCAUCGCUAUACGAAACAUGCGAAGACACAAAAAAUUUACAAAUGCGAACCUUGUGACAUGUAUUUCUCACGUAAUUAUCAUCUAAAUCGACACAAAAUGCAAUCUGGAUGUCACGGCGAGUUGCAUAACACAUUUUCAUGUCAAGUUUGCAAUAAAAUUUUUACUCGCAAAGAUAAUUUGCGCGAGCAUUUACGCACUCACGCGGGUACGCCUCAACGACAAAAGAAGCCAUGUAAACAUUGCCCUAAGGAAUUUCAUACAAACCAACAGCUCUUGAUACACGAACGCAUGCAUACUGGGGAAAGACCCAUCGAGUGCGACCUUUGUAGUAAAACAUUCCUAUCCACCCUGGCGAUGAAGAAGCAUCGCCGAGUACACACCGGAGAAAAACCAUUCGAAUGUAAAUUUCAAGCCAGACGCGGAGGACCUAUUUGUCAAAGAAAGUUCGCAGCUCGGGAAACUUUAAAUCGUCAUCAGCGAACGCACACUGGCGAGAAACCCCACGUCUGCCAAUACUGCGGCAAAUCGUUUAUUCAAGCAGCACAAUUAAGAGCGCACGUGUUUCAUCAUACAGGAGAAAAUGGAUUCUACUGUGACAUUUGUGGCAAGGCGUUUAAUCGUAAGGCCCGUUUGAAUGUGCACAAGAAAUUUGUUCACGAGGGAGCAACUCCGUUCAAAUGCGAAGUCUGUGAAAAGUCGUUUAUGCGAAAGGAAGACCUAGCUAAGCAUAAACUUCUUCACAGUGGCGUAAAACCAUUUAAAUGUGACAAAUGUUCAAAAUCAUUUGCUGCCAAAUCUUCUCUUCAAGCUCAUAUGAACACGCACAGACGGGAACCACCGCAGUCGUGUGCAGAAUGCGGUCGCGCAUUCAUACGUCAUGACUGUCUAAUGCGUCACAUCCGGACAAAGCAUCGCGAACUCCUGGAAGAUGUAUUGGGCGAAGCUGAACAUCGUCAGCUGCAAUCGCAACUGCUUAAUAUUGCAUCCAGCGCAGCUGCAAAGCUGAAAACUGGAAAAUCCACGGCUCUGACUAAUGAUCAGUUGCUUAAGGCUAUUGUUGAGCUUUUGACAAUUCUCAUUGAAGAAGACACUUUGCAGUUAUUCGGAUGGCCCAGUGCACCAAUUCAGGACGUCUUGGAAGCUGUUAUCAGACGUUGCGGUCAUCAACCAAUCACCUCAGACAGCGAUAAACCAUUUCCUGAACGAUUGAGGGAGAACGUGAAAUUACUUUUUACAGUUGUCAUUGAAGAUGACACUGUCAAAUCAUUGUUAACCACUCAAACCGUUGACGAAGUCAUUCAGCACGUUUUGAAGCUUUCAAAGGAGUAGACCACGUCACCUAAUAUGGUAUGUUCAAACAAAAGACGAUAAUUGUUACAAUUUUUUAAUAUUAUACAUGAAAUCACUACGAGUACGAAGUAGCUUGUUUCAUGUUUCUUCUUUCGAUAAGCAUUUGAUAUAUCGUAGUAAUUGGUAUAGGAUCUAUUUAUGAAACUGUGAGAAUGCAAUAUGUUAUUAAUGGUGCGUUGGGUUUUGAAGAUUAUUUUGGAGUAUCGAAUGUUACAUUCAUGUGUUGUGGGAUAACCUUGAGACGAGACUGCAUAAUUAUGAUGGAGAUAUGUUAAUUUUUUAUGAAAAGAUCAUUGUAUUUUUAAACUUAAUUAUUAUAUCAAUGACAUUUUGAUUGUAGAGGAGAAAAGUAAGCAGGACGAAUUGUGUGGAAAACAGUUAUUUGAAUGCCUUAAGAAAAAAGAGUUUAUGGAGUUUGCGUACUGUUUUGGAUUCUAAUCUUGAGAGAAGAGGUUAAGAAGUCAGUGGUGAAAAAUACUUUUUAACGAAUAACUUAAUUCUUUAUAUUUCCUUUGGUACCAAACGAUAUUAGAAAUUGUUCAUGAAUUAGUUAGCUGAAGGAAUGUAAAUAAUAAUACUAUAUAGAUCCCUUUCAUGUAGUAAUUAUGGUUUGAUUUCUUAAAAACAAUUAUUUUACAAAGCCCUGAUAGCUUGCAAAGACGCUAUUACUUUAAUGGAUUGUAUAAAGAUAAAAAGAAUUCAAGAUGAAUACUUAUUUUAUCUUCUGUUUCGGAGUCUUAUGCGUACAGAUUCAUAUUCAAGCAUAGUACUCAUGUUAUGAGUAAUAUAUUAUAAUUUGGCGUUAAAGCAUUAUUUGUUUUUGUAAGCCAUAGAUAUUACUUUGAUUGUAACAGUACUGCAAAAUAUUAACUUAACGUCACUCUUAUUGUUAUACGGCGCGUGGACAAAAUUCUCUUAACUUUUUAUAAUGAUUGAAAGAAAAACGAAUUACGAAUCUUAUAAUACCAAUAUGCGUUUUAUAAACACUAUUAGUACUAUUAUUUGACUAAUUAUUUUUGCAAGGGGAUAAUUUUGUGGUUUGAUUGAUUACAACUUGUAUAGUUAAUUUCUCAGAUAUAAUUAAGGAAAGAUUAGUAUAACUCUUUGGGUUUUUAUAAUAUACUGGGUUAUUGCUAUUCCACAUACACACAUAUGAUAUAAUUUAAUAUUAUAUGUCUAUUCACCCAAUAUGUUAAAAUAGAUACAAAAUAGGUAUCGCAUAUGUUCUAUCAAUGCAACAUAUUACCCUUGGAAUUGAGUAUUAUAGAUAAUGCAAUUAAGCAUUUACAAUAAAGAGGCAAGAUUAUCAAAACAAGCGGUUUCUAAUAUUCCUUUUGAGAAACAAUAAUUCGUAUUAAGAUUGUAAUCAACUUUUAUUAAUAAAGAUUUUUUUGUGUUACAAUCUGA